GUCGAGCCUGCUAUUAGUAUUAGGCUCCAGUCCUAGAUGAUUUUGAAAAUGGUGUUUUAGGUCACUUUAAUUUGUUUGUGAACGGAAAAUUCCUUUCGUAGCGUCAUCAUCUUCGAGUCAUUUCCGGGAGAAUACAGAAUACAAUUUUUAGCCCGGUAUGAUUGUCAUUGUCAUUCUUCUGUCUGUACCCGGUAUAAUACAUACCAGUGUACCCUACCAUCAAAAAGGCACCAAACAAUUUUGCCUGGCUAGCGCGUUGUUAAUGUUGUGAAUGCAUUGUAGGCUACUAACCCUGUGUACUUAUUUAUUGUGCUUGAAGCAGUUCAGUCGUACUGUAAUUGGUUUAAUCUAAGACAAAUUCCAAUAUUUACUAUUAAAUUGAGCAUGGGAUCAUCUGCAUCACGUAAACAAGGAAAAAACAGAAGCAAGGGGAACGUCUCACAAGGAAGCGAAGUGAAUGUUGCGACAAGCGAUAGAGAACACGAACAAGAAGAGGAGAGAAGACAGGAAGAAGUAGUUACCCCUGUAGAACAUACAUUAGAAGACAAACAUAAAGAAGAAAGUAUGUUUGAGGAAAAGGAAUUGGAUAUGUCUGAAUCUGAAGUAAAAGGCGAUGUAGUUGCAAGUCAAACCAGUAUGGAACCGAAGGAUAUAAUGAUCAGCUAUAGUCACCAAGACAAGGACAAAAUGAGGCUUUUAAAAGAUGCUCUUGAGGCUGAAGGCAUAACAGUGUGGGUUGAUGAGGUUGGUCUUCAAGCUGGAGUAGAGUUCCUUAACAAGAUUGGCCAGGCGAUAGUAGAUGCUAAGUUAUUCUUGUCAAUAUUAAGUUGUAAAUCGGUAACGUCAAAGUAUUGUCGUGAUGAGCUUGCUUUGGCCUACGUAUCCAGUAAACCGAUCUUCCCCUGCACCAUAGAAUCCAGGGACAAAGUGACCAAAGGAAUGGACUUUGGAAUGCGACUCCAGCUAGCCCCAUUGAGGUGGUUUAGUUUCACUAAUGAUAAGCCGUUCGAGGCUGUUUUUAAAGAGCUUACAAAGGAAAUUAAAAACAAAAUUAUAGAGUUAAAUGAUGGGCAAGAAAAGAAAGACGAACCAAAGAAAACCUCAAAACCUCAGUUGAAGAGGCUUCGAUCGAAACUUAACAUUCAUCACCGACAGUUAUCAGUUGAGGGAAAGUACAAGGAUUUCUGGAUGAAGUUCUACCCAAAGUUGGACUUUGUUACCUGGAAACAGUUUGUUGAAGAUCUAAAAAGUGAAUAUGCCACAGAAAUUGAACAGUGGUAUAAAGAAGGUGAUUUAGAUUGGCUGAUACAAGUAUUGCAUAGAGAGAUGGAUGAGGAUGAAGAUGAAAUCAUUCAUAAAGAUCAUUAUGAAGAAUUCUGCACCGUAAGUGGAGAGAGACAAGAAUUUUGGCAGCGAGUGCAAGAGCAAGCGUUGGAGAGCUACACGAUGAGGGAGGUGUUCAGUAUGAAUUCUAGCGUACGGAUUGAUGCCAUUCAGAACUUGGCAAAGUUUAACAGCUCAUCUGUUAUUGAAUCUUUACUGGAUCUUUGCGUUGAUGUUGAUGAGAAUGUGAGAGCAGUUGCUGCGAUAUCAUUGGCUAGAACUGGAGUUAGGGACAAUGAUCACGUCAUCAAUACCAUCAUGAAGCUACUGAAGGAUCAGGAUCGACUAGUGCGGGAAAGUGGUUGCCUGGCACUGGGGCACAUCAAAGCCAAGAAAGCCAUUCCCAAGCUGGUCGAUAUGUGGCGUAAUGAUGCUAUCUCGAAUGUGCGUGAGGCGGCUGCAAUUGCUCUGGAACAGAUAGGUGGUGAUGAGGCUCAGAAAGCCAUGCACAUUACUAAAGUGCUAAGUGAAGAGAUUAAAGCUUUGUCAAAUAAGCAUUGAGAAGUAAGUGUUGAUUUACAAGAAAAAAAAAAGAACUGUGAAGAUAUCACGUUAUUAGAAAAAUAUUUUAUAUUUACUGUAUUAUUUGUGCACAUUUGCAGCUGAAAGAUACCUGCAACAAUUUUAUUAUAGAGAUUUACUGUUAAUUUUAUUAUAGAGAUUUACUGUUAAUUUUAUUAUAGAGAUUUACUGUAUAUAGUGUAUUUUAGCCACCAAACGUCCCGCAUUUCAAAGUGAUUCUGGAUGGAACACGCAUUUUGCAGAAAAACAUACAUGCUCAUAAAUUUGUCACGCACAAGUCUAUGCAUGAUAACAAAAUAUCACGAAAUCAGUUGAAAAUGUAUUUGAAAUUUGAAAAAAUGUGUUUUAUUAACGAUAUAAAACUUGAGUCAUUAGAGAGCUUUCGUUACCUCAUUCGAAAAUCAAUUCACCGACUAAGUUUCUCAUUCUCGACCAAAACAACCCAGUCAACCAUGCACGUGGCCCUUGCAUGUUCAUUGCCACAACCGACUGUUAAAUAUGUGACUGGAGCUUGGAACCCAGCAAACUGGUGUAGUCAGGCAUUUCAAAUCUCUCAGGUUGGUAUCUAUGCAGUAGACCUGGGGCACAUGAGAAAAACUAGCCUUUAGGCUUUGGGCUGCCCAAAACACAAGGCGAGAUCAAGUCAUUCUGUUAAAUAAUAUUUGUAUCAAAUCAAAACAGUCAUCAAGUGAUCUUUUAAAGAAGUAAUAUUCUUGUGAAAUCAUUUCCAAUACAUCUUACUUAUCUUUUUCAAGCACUGAAAAGUGGUUAAGAGCACCAGGGCAUGGAUUUGCCCAACAUACUGUAGUUGGAGAGAAGCUAGUGGAGUCAUUCCGUUAAAUCAUUUUUGACCAAUUUAAAACAGUCAACAAAUGAUAUAUUAAAGAAGUAAUAUUCUAGUGAAAUCAUUCGCAAUACAUCAUAUUUAUUUUUUUUAUAAACUAUUAGAUGAUGGAUUUACUUGAGAUUUCAAAACCUUGUGUGCUUCCUUCAUCUCAAUAAUUUGUAUUGUGCAGUGAAUUGAAUUAAUAAUUUAAUUUUGUGUUGUCUAUAAA